UGGAUCCAUCCCCUAUAUAUGAAUGUGUGUGUGUGAUCUUCUACUAGCCCAGAGAAGUGUAACAUGGCUUCCAAUUACCACUUAUUCCUACUUAUCUUUGUCUUUGCUGGUGCAUUUCUUGAAUCCAACUGCAAGCUCACUCAAAAUUUCUACAAAUCCAAAUGUCCAAAAGCAUUGUCCAUUGUGCAAGAAGGAGUUAUAGCAGCCAUAAAAAACGAAACGCGCGUCGGAGCUUCCUUGCUCCGUCUGCAUUUCCACGAUUGCUUCGUCAAUGGUUGUGAUGCGUCGGUGCUGUUGGACGAUACAUCAAGCUUUGUUGGUGAGAAAACAGCAGCUCCUAACAACAACUCCAUUAGAGGAUUUGAAGUUGUUGAUCGAAUUAAAGCCAAGCUUGAGAAAGCAUGCCCCGGAGUAGUCUCAUGUGCUGAUCUUCUGGCUCUUGCUGCGCGUGACUCGACAGUUCAUUUGGGAGGUCCUUCAUGGAAAGUUGGUUUGGGAAGAAGAGAUUCAACCACUGCUAGCAGAAGUGCUGCCAACACCUCCAUUCCUCCACCAACUUCCAAUGUAAGUGCUCUAAUUUCAAGCUUCUCUGCGCACGGCCUCUCCUUAAGGGACUUGGUCGCUCUUUCGGGUUCUCACACAAUUGGCCUUGCAAGAUGCACAUCAUUCCGCUCACGCAUCUACAACGACUCCGCCAUCAACGCCACCUUUGCCAGUUCAUUGCACAGAAUUUGCCCAAGAAGCGGAAAUAACAACAACCUUGCAAGACUUGACCUCCAGACCCCAACACAUUUUGAUAACUUGUACUACAAGAAUUUGUUGAAAAAAAAGGGACUUCUUCAUUCAGACCAGGAGCUCUUCAACGGAACAACUUCUACUGGUGCACUGGUUAAAAUUUAUGCAAGCAACACAUUCACAUUCUUCAAGGACUUUGCCGUGGCCAUGGUCAAAAUGGGAAACAUCGAUCCCCUUACGGGAAGGCAGGGCGAAAUCAGAACUAAUUGCAGAAAAGUGAACUAAAAUUUUAUGAGCUCAUAGAUAGAGAAUGGAGUGCGAAAAUCUUUUCAUUUGUAUAAAAGUACUCAUGUGUUUGGACAAAAAAAAAAAAAUAAGUCGGAGAAAUGUGACUAAACCAUAAUGUGGGCAGUUAAACUUAUUAUCGAUGUUAUUCUAAGUCGAACUUUCCAUUUAAA